UCAAGCCUCACUUUUGUAGCACUUGACUCACGGUGCAACAAAAAUUUUUCGUACACGGAAACAAGCUUUCGGUGUGCUUUCUUAUUUUUCUUACAGUAUUUAUACAUCAUUAAGAAAGCAGUGACGCAUAGCUUGAAAGUUGAAGUAUACCUCUCUUGCUAGAUCCGGUAUUUGGCGACCAUGCAUAGUUACCGUAAAGUACCGAGCAAGUGCUCAAGCGCAAGUAUGCACCCACCUUCUCAUGUCAUUUACCACCGCUGUCAGCACAAGCGGGCACAUUUUUUCGCGGAAUGGGACACGAGCUCCCAGCCAGUGGAAAAGACAAAGACGCAUCGAAUGCGUGCGGCGGUCAAGCGGUUCGUGCACGUGUAGCACAAGCCGAGAAUUUCCAGCACCGACGGCGCCCAACGAACCGGUGGACAUGGCGGGGGUAGAGUCGAACCGCUACGUAAGCCGCUCUUGCCAAACUGGCGGUGUCACUGGCUUCCAGUACAACGGCUCUGGCGACGGCAUCACGGACGAGCUGGUCGAGUGCUGCCAGAAACUACUCCAGGUUCCGACCGACCCUCGCAACAUCUACAGCGGGCCCGAAGAGGCGCCCGUGCGCCUGGGACGGCGUCGCAACGGUGCCUCGGACGCCGACGCCAGCGCACCUGCAGGUGGGGGCAGGCGGUUCAGGCUGAUCGGCUUCCUGAGCCGUUUGCACAAGCCGAAGCAGCCGGCGGAGAAGACUCGGCCAAGGUGGUCCGCUCGCGCACGGCAGCGCUUCCACAAGCUGGCGUCGUGGAUGCACGCACUGCGACUGGCGCUGCGCAUCCCGGGUGAGACACCGGCGCCCAAGGAGGACUACCACAGCCCGGCAGCGGCCGAGGGCGAGCACUCGGCGUUCGUGGAGGUCGCCGCCAGCGAAGAGGACGACACAGAGUCCUGGCCGCCAGACUGUUUUCAGGACAUCCCUCUGUGAUGGGUGCCUGGCUCGCUCCAAGGCCGCCAUAACGACACAGGGCAGGGUCGGGCACUGUCAACUGUGCCUGUUUUCCUCGAAACUUCACUCGUUUUACAUUGCAAGUCAGCUUGGUGGCCAUAGACUGACCUUCCUGAUGCACCGGCUUCAGGGUUAAACACGUGCUUUCAUCGCCUCGCACAGGACUUUGUGCUCUUUAGGCGAGCCAUAGUUGUCUUCGCUUGACAGACUCGCCAGUCGACGUUGCGCCAGCUGGACUUGCAGAGCUCCUGCGCUCUCCUUGUUGUCGCGCAUUUUUUUUUCCUUCUCUUUAAAGAACACUUGACCAAAAGCAAUGUUUUCUAACUAGUCCAAAUAAAGCGCUUAAUCUAAGAACCCAGCCCCAAAAAACCAGCCCAAUGCACAAUGUACCCCAGGAAAGUGCCGUCCACUUUAGCAACUUGUGGAGAGUUAGCCUAGCCGCGAUGUGUUCGGGAAAGAGCGGUGGUAGCGCUGAUGCCCUGCGACGUUGAUUGAACAUACGUUUUGGUGUUGCACGCCUGUUUCCAUUAUAAAACAGGCGGAAAAGUACAAGUGCCUGUGGUAUGUACACCGUCAGACAAGCAGGAUAGGUCAUAGUCAUUUAUUUCCUGCAAACAAUAAGUCGCAUUCUACAUUAAUUAGAC